AGGUCAUGGUCUGUGCCACAAGAUGCGAACUCAAUGGGCGUCUGAGGGGGGUGUGAGAGAAAGUCCCAAAAGGGGAAAUGUUGUACAUCAUGGUAUAGUGAGGAGAAAGUCAUUCAACUCUGCGAUAGACCUUCCCCUGGCGGAAGUGCCAUCACUUCCCCUCAAAAACAUUCCGAUCGAGCAGGAUUGUGCGCCCUUCCUGCCACGGCGAUGAGACAUUCAAGAGGGGAUAAUAUAAAACUUUGUGCACCCUCUGAGUCAGCUCUUACUUCGGUGCCGACCCUCCGUCGUAUCGUGCUGUGCCAUCCGCAACGUCUCGUGGUUUUCUCAUUACGUUACUAAAGAAAUUCCACACGCGGAUCCCGGAGCAGGUGCACGGUGUUACCUGUUCAGAGAAAAUUUAGGAGAUAAAAGUUCAGUGUUUGUGAUUUUUUUGCUGAAAGUGUGAAGAAGAUCAAUUUCUCCUGGCUCUACCACAGCAAUGUCCAUCGAAGUGAAACGGCAAUAAAAGAAAAGACGGUGUUGUGCAGAAAAAUCGUUGCUAUAGCAAUUUCGGGGGUGGCAACAACAAUGACAAUGUCUCAACUUCUUAAGCGAACGAAAAAAUGCUGCAUGAAGUUGCUGCGAAAGUUGUCCGUGAAUGAUGAUGAGGUGGAAGAUGUGGGUGGGCCAAAGUCGCGCAACAGCCACCCAUCCAUUGGGAAGUAUCGCCUGCAGAAAAGUCGCAUCGACCGCGGUGAGAUGAGCCCGCGGUCUGACUAUGGGGCAUGGAGUGUGGCGUCAUUUGACGAUGAUACCACGUACGGGGAUCUAGCGGUGACAAAGUACCGGAAUUACCGCCAUAACCUCGCAAAGUGCUUCCGACGUGACGCCGUGGGGAGGAAGAAUCUCACAAAUCGUCGUCACAUCUGGCCCCUUUCGAGCUUCAACGAUGACGAGGAGAUUGUCUUUACGGAGAAUCGCAUCUACAUUGGGCUAAGUGAACGGAAUCUCAAGCCCGAUGCUGGAGAUGUGGUGGAUAAAGUGAACAAGAAGACCGUUGAGGAGACCAUCUGUUCGAAUUUGGAAGAGAAACUCAGCGAGGAGAAGGAUCACGAGGAUGUCUUUCAGAAUAUUGAGCUUCUUGAACAGAAUUCUGGGAUUGUGUUUGAGAAGGUAAAGUACGAUAGGAAUAAAAAGUACCUUCAUCAGUCACCAUCGAAUCAGAGCAAUGCCAGCACAAUCUCAUCCACCCUCAAUGGGGGUAUCCACUUCCCACCCAUGGAUGACAACACCUCCAUGUCCAUUAACUUUGAACAGCUCUCCCCGCGGAAUGAGCUUCGUGGCACCCACAGGAGGUCCGAAUACGACAACUGGCCCGAUUUUCCGGAAGAUAGUGGAUUUGGGAGUGAAAAUAAGUGCAAUUUCGAUGCGUGGGACCCCACGUGGGAGGCCGAGGCGCGUCAAUGGGACGGUGGGGAUGAACCGAAGAGUCUGGAUUCGUGGGAUGUGCUGAAGAGUAAGGUAUUCGAUACGAGUGACACGUGCUGGUGCAGUCGACGCACGAGCCUGUGUACGGUGGAGACGUGGCUGGAAGAUGAGAUUUUCGAUAAUUCCUUCAACGAAGAACUUGAACGACGCUGCGCUGUGCAAGGAAGGUAAAUUUCAUCACAAGCUUUCAUCCCCAAGCUCCCCUAAAGAAAGCAAUUCUAGUACGACAUGGUCGAUUUUUUUUCUUUCCAAUUUCUAAUAAGAAAAAACAUAUUUAAUCUCUUCUUUUUCUUAAUUAAAAUAAUAUAAUUCAUUUGAAGAAUGUGAUUUGAA